AUGAAUAGGGAGAGGAAGUACUUUUGGGACAUUCACAACAACAACAACAAUGAUGCAAGUGUGGCUCGUCAUUCCUCCAUUGCUCUUCUACAAGAGAGGUUUAGGCAACUCCAGAGAGUGAAGGAAAUGAGACAAGAGAGAGAGCUCAGAAAGUUAAUGCUAACUACUGAGUCUAUGAACAAUAAUAAACACUUAUUAUUCAGUCCCAAUAAUCAUAAUAAUCACAGUUAUGUAUCUGCAGCAGCAACAACAAGUAGUAGAACAAGAUCAUCAUCAUCAAGGUCAUCUUCAUCACCAUCCCCACCACCCCAUGUUUCUCUUUCUCUUUGGCCAACUUCACAGGAAGAGCAGGAUCAUCAUCAGGACCACAGAAGAAGCUUCCAGAAGAACUAUACAUCUCAUGCAGAGCCAUGGAAGAAUAACAACAACAACAAUAAUACUAAUAAUGACGAUUUGUAUGAUUGGGACUCUUGUGCUUCUGGUGAUUCUGGUGUUGACACUUCUCUUCAUCUCUAAAACUAUAUAUUAUAUAUGAUGAUGAUGAUGAUGGGUCACAUAAAAUGUACACCUAGUACAAUCUAUAAUGUGACACAUUACACAUUCCAUAUAUAUAUGGUGGGUUCGUUGGCACA